AACAUUUAAUUAAUCUAUUUUCGACAAUUAUAAAAUGACAAAAAUAAGUUAAAAUAUACUAGUUCUCCUAAUUAAGACAAAGUGAAUUUAUGGAUCUAGUGUAAAACCCCAUUUCAGCCAUAUCGAGAACGACCACAAUUGUUAAUGGAUCGAGAAUCACUGGAGAAACGGCCUGCGAUCUUUGUUGUCGGAUCCCCCAACGUCGGUAAACGGACUAUACUCUCACGACUACUUAAGGUGGAUUUUGACGAUGCCUCUGAUACGUUACCUGAGUUAUCUGUCAAUGGGUGGACAAUCAACACAAAAUAUUACAUAGCAGAUGUUGCAGUUUGGACAGCUAAUCUCUCUAAUGAGCUAUCCAUUGCAAGCUUUCAUGACGUGAACCGGAUAGUUGCCUUGGUUAUGGUGUUUGACACCAGUGACCUCCCAACACUAGUUGCUCUCAAAGAAUGGGUUUCGCGCACUGACAUCCAGAAGUUUGAUAUACUACUCUGCAUUGGUAACAAGGUGGAUCUUCUUCCUGAUCAUCCAUCACACGUGGAGUACAAGAGACGCUUGAUGAAGCUUGGUGAAUCUUUUGUCAGUUCUAAUGUGGACUUCUCUGAUUAUGGUAUAUCUGAAACUGAAGGAAGUAGUUUAUUGGGGAACGAAGAGCCAUCCUUGGGAUUUAAGAGAUCUUGCAUAGAGUGGUGUCUUGAACACAAUAUUGAAUAUGUUGAAGCUUGUGCAUCAAAUGCUGAUUUUGACCAAUGUCUCUCUGUCGAUGGUGAUUCACAGGGUAUUGAUAGACUUUAUGGUGCUCUCUCUGCUCAUAUGUGGCCGGGAAUGUUGUUGAAAUCUGGUGAUAGGAUAAGCGAGCCUUCAUUGCCUGAGCAAGAAGAGUUGUCCGAAGAAGAAGAAUCUGACUACGAACCUGAAUAUAAAAUAUUAUCUCCUGCUUCAGCAGAACAAUGGGAUGAUGUAGGAUGGAUGUCUGCAGAUGGUCCUGUUUCUACCUCGGGAAGUGGGAGGCCUAUGGAAAAGGAUCUUGAUACUUCAGGUAGAGAGAGUGAAGCGAAAUCCAGCAGAGAAGAGAAUCAGCUGUCAACAUCAGCCUCUCAGUUGUCCAAAGAGCUUGACCAUGAAAAGACAGCUAAGGCCUUUGAAACAAACCCAAUGUCAGAGCUCGAUAAUGAGAAGACUUAUGAAAUCGAAGAUUUGGAAACUCUAAUGGCUGAAAUUGGUAACGUGCGCAAUGGCUUGAGGUUGAUGCCUGACUUCCAGAGGAGGGAGAUGGCUGCGAAGCUGGCCUUGAAAAUGGCUGCAAUGUUUGGAGACACCAUCCCCAAGUGCAAGCUAGUGUUACUAGGAGAUCAAUCCGUCGGAAAAACGAGUAUCAUCACUCGGUUUAACACCGGCAAUUUCGAUGACAGUUAUGAGACAACUAUUGGUAUUGAUUUUCUUACAAAGACAAUUCAUUUUGAAGACCGGAGUGUACGUUUGCAGCUAUGGGAUACUGCUGGAAAUAAAAGAUUCAAAAGACUGAUGCAAAGUUAUACAAGGGAUUCCUGUGUUGCAAUCAGAGAUUAUGAUGUUGCAUCAUUUCUUAACACUGCAAAGUGGAUCGAGAAUGUUCGCACUGAGAGAGGAAGCGAUGAUAUAAUCGUCCUAGUUGGAAACAAAACCGAUCUGCUGGAUAAGAGGAAAGUUUCAAUGAAGGAAGCAGAAGAGAAAGCUCGUGAUUUAAGUGUCAUGUUUAUUGAAACAAGUGCAAGGGAUGCAGACUUUAAUAUAAAGGCGCUAUUCAGGAAAGAUCAUUGCAGCCCUGCCGCGGAUGGAAACUCUGUCAUCAGCGGAGCUAGACGAGAUGGUCGGCAUCAACCUCUACGCAAAUGCAUCUCAGUCUGA